CUCACGUCACGUCUGCACAGCUGCACUCCGGCGAGCCUAUAAAACCACGCCGGCGACGCCAUUGCUAGCAACAGCCACCGCACCCUUCACAGUUCACACUUGACAAUCUGCUCUGUUUCUGAUCGGUAUUCGGUAGCUGCUAACUGAGCUAGCUAGCUAGCAAUGGCGGCGCGGGGAACUGCAGGCGGCAGCACGGCGGUGGUCGUGGGCGUGCUGCUCGUCUGCGCGUUCCUCCAUGCGGGGGUGGCGGAGUCGGCGGAGUUCACCGUCGGCGACGGCGGCGGCUGGUCCGUCAACGCCGGCUCCUGGCCCAACGGCAAGCGCUUCAAGGGCCGCGACGUCCUUGUGUUCAAUUACGACCCGACGGCGCACAACGUGGUGGCCGUGUCAGCGGAGGGGUACCGGGCGUGCGCCGCGCCGAGCGGCGCCAAGGUGAACAAGUCCGGGGCCGACCGCGUCACGCUCGCCCUCGGCCCAAACUACUUCAUCUCCAGCGUCCCCGGCGACUGCCAGGCCGGGAUGAAGAUCACCGUCACCGCCGCCAAGCAGGGCCGCAUCGGCGGAGCGUCCUAAUUCAGUCUACAUAUACCAAGUUCUCGGCCCGUGUGUUGAUUAUUAUCGUAAAGUGUGUUGAUUAUUAUCGUAAAGGUGUACUGUACCUGUACUGAUUUAUUUCCACUACUAUGUCACGUUAUAUGCGUAUGUGUAAUGAUUUUGUACUCGUAUACAAUAAGCGAGCAAAAGGCACGUGCCGAUUAUCAUUUUGA